AUGAAGAUCUCCGGUUUUACUUCAGUAGCGCUGGGCCUGGCGGCCUUUGCGGAAGCCUCGUAUGUCAACUACACCACAGUAAAUGGAUAUUUCUUGCAGGAUGAAGUGACAACCGAUCCAUCCACGUUUGAUUUCACAACCACCAACUUCGGACUGAUCAAUCGCACGUACCCAACCGACCAGGGCCAUGGUAAUAAGAACAACCACCGUACCCAAUGGGAGCGGUUCUACCACCAAGUAGUCGAGUUGAAUCGUAAAUCACCUCCCAAUGUCAAUUACAAGGUCCUAUUCCUAGGCCGCCACGGCGAAGGUUGGCACAACGCAGCUGAAGACUACUACGGCACGCCUGCCUGGAAUUGCUACUGGUCCCUCCUGGAUGGAAACGGCACUGCCACCUGGCGUGAUGCCGAGCUCACAGACGCCGGCGUCGAGCAGGCACAAGUCGCCCACGAUUUCUGGCAAAAGGAGCUAGACACGCAACACAUUCACCCACCGGACAGCUACUUCGUCAGCCCCCUAACCCGCACCCUUCGCACAGCAAAUAUCACCUUCUCUGGCCUCCGUCUCCCGCACGGAAGCACACCCUUCCGCCCUCUGAUCAAAGAGUAUCUCCGUGAAGGAAUCAGCAUCCACACAUGCGAUCAACGUCGCAACCGCACAUACAUCCACGACCUAUUUCCCACAUGGCCCAUCGAGCGCGGCUUCACAGAGAAAGACGAGCUCUGGAACGGCGUAACAGCCGAAACCAGCGCCGCGCAGGACAUCCGUAGUAAAUCUGCACUGGACUCAAUCUUCCAAGCCAACGGCUCCGGCCUCUUUGUCUCGAUUACAAGCCAUUCGGGCGAAAUUAGCUCGAUCCUCCGUGUGGUCAAGCAUCGCACCUUUAAACUUAACACUGGUGCUGUCAUACCUGUUCUCGUGCGCGCCGAGACCGUCCCUGAGACCCUGACCACGGCCUCGGUUUCGUGGACUGCUAGUGCCCACUGUACCGCGCCGCCUGUUACGUCAGUCGACUCGUGCGUGUGCCCCUCUACCGCAGUCCCUGUGACAACGCCCUUGGUUACUGUUUCUGUAUAA